CUCUCUCUCUCUCUCUCUCUCUCUCUUAACUCUUCGUCGGUUUGGUCUUCAGGAAGAAUUUUAUCUUUUCCAACACUCAACCCUGUGAAGGUACUAUAUUUCUCUCUCUCUCUCUCUCUAAUUUGUUUUACCAAUUCAAGCUCAAUUCUGUAUUGAUGAUCUUGAAUUAAACUGACUGAUUACAGAGACCGAUUUGAUUUUUCCUGCAUCUUUUGCUUUGUGUAUGAUCAAUCUCUCAUCUUCUCCAACAAUAAGCCUCCAAGGGUAGUUCAAGCUCAAUUCUUUAUCAGUCAUCUUGAUUUGAACUAAUAAACAGACCUUUUUUUAUUUCUUCUGUAUCUGUGUCUCUUUGUACGAUCACAAGCUCAGUUCUUAAUUGAUCAUCUUGAGUUAAUCUGAUAAAUAGACCCUUUUGAUCUCUCUCUCUCUCUCUCUCUCUGUGAAUUUCUUGUUCAUAAUUCUACAAAUCAAUCCUAUAUCAGUUCCCAUUGAAGCUAAAUACACAAAUCCUUCUGAUUACCUGUAAAUUUUGUGGUGUUUGUAUAACCAAUUUAUCAUUUUAUACUGUACAAAUAUAUAUAUAUAUAUAUGUGUGUGUGUGUGUAUGUGUAUGUAUAUGUAUAUGUAUAAAAAAGUCCAUCAAGUCAGUGUACAAUAAUGGAUAAUUACAAUCAUUCAUCUUCAUACCCAUAUAAUAAUUCCUAUGGAUACCCUCAUGUUCCACCUCCUUUAGAUCAUCCAUAUCCUCCUCCCAAUUCUGGUCCUUACCCACCCCAUCCAUAUCCUCCUCCUUAUUACAGUGCUUCACAUUCUGGCCCUCUAGCCUAUCAAUACCCACCACCUCCUCCUCCUCCUCCUGCUACCACCCAUUCUGGCCCUUUGGAAUAUGGCUACCCUCCUUCGGCACAUUCGGGUCCUCUUCCAUAUCCAUACCACGGGUAUCAAGUUCCCCCAGUAGCCUAUUCCGCUCCUCAACCAAGCCUUCAACACCACAGUAGUUUCCAGUACGGUUCAUCCCAGUAUGAUUAUCAACACUCUGGACCAUUACCAUGUACAGAAGGCUAUUCCAGUGGUCCAUCCCGGGUUAAUAGCUUGUCCAGCCUGCAUCGGCAGGAUAGUUCAGCAUCUGUUGGGCCUGGAUCGACAAUGAAUCAUGGUGAUAUCAAUGAUAGUGUUUCUAAUUAUCCUUCGGCUUACCCACCUAUAGAUGAUCUUUUAAGCGACGUGCAUUUAUCCAAUAAUCACCCAUCUGCCCCUGAAAUGCCUUCAGCACCACCGGUGUAUAGUUCUUCUCCAAAAUAUCGGAAUGCUAAGUAUAAUAACUCAUUUUCAAGUAGUUUCGGGGCAUCUGAUUUGAGCCAGACUGGAUCUUCUCCUGCAUUAUCCCAUUCAACCUCACUUACUAAUUCUCCAUCUAGUCAGAGUUUGCAUAUUGUGCCGUCAAAUUCUAAAGGGUCUUUAAAGGUUUUGCUUUUACAUGGGAAUUUAGAAAUAUGGGUCUAUGAGGCAAAAAACCUUCCAAACAUGGACAUGUUCCAUAGGACUUUAAAGGACAUGUUCAACAAAUUACCAGGGGGAUUGAACACCAAGAUUGAAGGGCACGUGAAUAGCAAGAUCACUAGUGAUCCAUAUGUCUCCAUUUCAGUAACUGGUGCUGUCAUUGGGAGGACCUAUGUGAUUAGCAAUAGUGAAAAUCCUGUUUGGAAGCAACAUUUUUAUGUUCCUGUUGCACAUCAUGCUGCUGAAGUGCACUUUAAUGUUAAGGACAGUGAUGUUGUAGGAUCUGAGCUUAUAGGGAUUGUGGCAAUUCCAGUGGAACAUAUAUAUUCGGGAGAGAAAAUUGAGGGAGUCUUUCCAAUACUCAAUAAUAACGGGAAGCCCUGCAAGGCCGGAGCUGUUUUGAAUGUCUCAAUUCAGUACACCCCAAUAGAGAGAUUGAGCAGUUACCAUCAUGGAGUGGAAGCUGGUCCUGAUUAUUGUGGGGUUCCUGGCACAUAUUUCCCACUCAGGACAGGUGGAACAGUUACUCUUUAUCAAGAUGCUCAUGUACCUGAUGGAUGCCUUCCAAAUUUUCAUCUUGACAACGGGAUGCAGUACGCACAUGGAAAGUGCUGGCGUGACAUCUUUGACGCAAUAGGCCAGGCCAGGCGUUUGAUUUAUAUUACUGGAUGGUCAGUGUGGCACAAAGUUAAAUUGCUCCGAGAUGCUGAUUGUGCAUCAGAUUGGACUCUGGGGGAUCUUCUGAAGUCUAAGUCACAGGAAGGAGUGAGAGUGCUGCUUCUUGUAUGGGAUGACCCUUCUUCAAGGAGCAUCCUGGGCUACAAAACAGAUGGAGUCAUGCAAACCCAUGAUGAAGAAACUCGCCGUUUUUUCAAGAACUCUUCAGUGAAAGUACUACUUUGUCCCCGCGAAGCUGGAAAGCGACACAGCUGGAUGAAGCAGAGGGAAGUUGGAACAAUUUAUACACAUCAUCAGAAAAGUGUAAUUGUGGAUGCUGAUGCUGGCAAUAAUAGAAGAAGAAUCAUAUCCUUUCUCGGGGGACUUGAUUUAUGUGAUGGGCGUUAUGAUACUCCAGAACAUCCUAUAUUUAGGACGCUGCAAACGGUGCAUGCAGAUGAUUAUCAUAACCCUACUUAUACGGGAAAUGUGGUUGGUUGUCCACGAGAACCAUGGCAUGACUUGCACUGCAAAAUUGAUGGUCCAGCAGCAUAUGAUGUCCUGACCAACUUUGAGGAGCGCUGGUUCAAGGCUUCUAAACCCAAAGGCAUUAAAAAACUGAAGACAUCUUUAUAUGAUGAUGCUUUGCUCAGAAUAGAAAGGAUGCCUGAAAUAAUUGGGGCGUUUGAUGCUCCAUGCCUUAGUGAAAAUGAUCCUGAGGGUUGGCAUGUUCAGGUAUUUCGUUCAAUUGAUUCAAAUUCUGUUAAAGGCUUUAAGGAUCCACAAGAAGCAAUCGAAAAGAACCUGAUUUGUGGGAAGAAUGUACUUAUUGAUAUGAGCAUACAUACAGCAUAUGUAAAGGCCAUUCGUUCUGCUCAGCAUUUCAUUUACAUCGAAAAUCAGUACUUCAUCGGGUCCUCAUACAAUUGGCGCAAUCAUAAAGAUUUAGGUGCUAAUAAUUUGAUUCCAAUGGAAAUUGCCCUUAAAAUUGCCGAUAAAAUCAGAUCACACGAGAGGUUUGCAGUGUAUAUUGUUAUCCCAAUGUGGCCUGAGGGCAAUCCAACAGGUGGUGCUACACAGAGAAUUUUAUUUUGGCAGCACAAGACAAUGCAAAUGAUGUACGAGACGAUAUACAAGGCUUUAGUGGAGGUUGGGCUUGAGGAUGCAUUCACACCACAAGAUUAUUUGAACUUCUUCUGUCUUGGAAACCGUGAGGCUGAAGGCUGGAGUGACACUUCAAACACUGAAAGUCCUGCGGCAAACACUCCUCAGGCACUCAGUCGAAAGAACCGGAGAUUCAUGAUUUAUGUUCAUUCAAAAGGCAUGAUAGUGGAUGAUGAGUAUGUAAUAUUAGGUUCUGCCAACAUCAAUCAGCGCUCCAUGGAGGGCACUAGAGACACUGAGAUCGCAAUGGGAGCCUACCAGCCUCAUCAUACGUGGUCUAGAAAGCUAUCUUAUCCACGCGGACAGAUCUAUGGAUAUAGAAUGUCGCUAUGGGCAGAGCAUACUGGAGUUGUUGAGGAUUGCUUUUCACGUCCAGAGUCUCUGGAAUGUGUGAAACGAGUUAGAGAAAUGGGUGAAAUGAACUGGAAGCAGUUUGCAGCUAACGAGGUGACAGAAAUGAGGGGACAUCUCCUAAAAUACCCAGUUGAAGUUGAUCGGGGGGGCAAGGUUAAGCCCCUUCCUGGAUGUGAAACUUUCCCAGAUGUGGGAGGGAACAUAGUUGGAUCAUUUCUUGCCAUUCAGGAGAAUCUAACCAUCUGAUCAAACUGAUGAUAGUUGACCCAGAAAAAGAAAAGAAAAUUAUUGUGUACAAUAAUUGAGUUAUAAAUCAGGAGUGGAACUACAGUUUUGAGUUGUGUUGAUGUAAUGAUAUUAAAUACCAAUGAUGAUGUAUAUACUUUUUCUUUUUUCUUUUUUCUUCUUUUUUUUUUUUUCUUUCUGUGUGUGGGGUUUCCUUUGUGUGCACAACAAUGUUACCAGAUUUAUACAAUAGUCAUCAUCACAUCUUAUACCA